GCUCUUCGUCUCUCUCACUUUUCGGCACGUCAGUCGACGAACGGAGCCAGUCGAACGCGCCACCCUGCGGAUCACCGCAAGGAUCCGUCGUCCGUUUUACUCGCUUUUACAACCCUCAAGGAAACAUCAUCGACUACUAGAGUCUAUUUCUAACUACAUUGAAGCUUUUACUGAAGAUACACAUUAUCAUCUAAUCAAGACUUAAUCAAGAACGCGUGUACGUGUUUCAAGACAUCAUAAUGGCUGUACGAUUGUCUUCUAUGUCGUGACCACGCUACAUCUGAUACGAGAAAGAAGAAGAAAUAAGGUGAAAGAAAGAGGAAUUUAGGAUAAUUUCGUUCAGCAAGACGGAUCCGUGAUCAAGUGAAGCGGCUGGACCUCCUCCAUAUUGGGAGGUCGAGGACCGCUCGGUGAAGCGUUUGGGCCUUGGGAGAAGGCCUAACAUAUAUAAAAGAUGAUAGAUCCAAGUUCAUCGGAGGAGGAGAGUGAAGAGGACCAGAGUACUCACCAUGGAGGUGGCGGCGGUGGCCGUGGAGGUAGCGGAAGCUCCCACGGUUCCCACCACCAUCCUGCUGGUGGUCCUGGAAGUGGUACAGUUUCUGGGAGCGUUGGUUCGCUCGCAUCGGGCAUCACCGCGUCUCCUGGUGGCUCGAACCACGUCGGUCCAGCCGGUGGUAUUGGGACUCAUGGCCCAGCUCGUACUACCGGCACGCUCUCACAAGAUUCUGGCUCCACUCUCGACGUACCAAGUAUUACAAGUGCAAGAAAUUCUUUGUCACCGUCUAUGAGCGCAGCUCAAGAUGCUGCAAAUUAUUCUCAAAGACCAACCAGUCCUUCACCGUCUGUUGCCAGUGAAAAAACUGAAGUGGAUUUGCAGGAUAAACAAGAAAGAGAAGAAGAAGAACGAAAGACCAGGAUACAACUGUACGUUUUUAUUUCACGAUGUAUUGCUUACCCAUUCAACGCGAAACAACCGAUGGAUAUGACACGUAGGCAAAUGAAAGUAACGAAACAACAACUCGAAACAAUCUGCUCUCGCUUUCAGGGAUUCUUGAAAGGUGAAACGCAGAUAAUGGCCGACGAGGCUUUCCGCAAUGCUAUACAGAAUUACUUCGACGUAUUUCUAAAAUCAGACAGAGUAGUUCGAAUGGUACAAAGUGGUGCUUGUUCCCAACUCGACUUCCGUGAGGUAUUUAAGAAGAACAUUGAAAAACGUGUUCGAAGCCUCCCGGAAAUCGAUGGGCUGAGCAAAGAGACUGUGCUUACGUCCUGGUUGGCCAAAUUCGAUUGUAUUAUCAAGGGGACAGGUGAUGAAGACACAAAAAGGCCUUCCAGGAUGCAACAGCAGUCUUUGAACUCGGAAUUGAUAUUGUCGAAGGAGCAGUUGUACGACAUGUUUCAGCAAAUCCUUGGAAUUAAGAAGUUUGAACAUCAGCUUCUGUUCAACGCCCUCCUGUUGGACUCAGCCGAUGAACAGGCUGCCGCCAUCAGGAGGGAGCUGGACGGUCGCAUACAAAAAGUCAACGAAAUGGAGAAGAACCGCAAGCUCAUGCCGAGGUUCCUCCUGAAAGAGAUGGAGUCGCUCUACAUCGAGGAACUCAAGUCGUCUAUCAACCUGCUAAUGGCUAAUUUGGAGUCGUUACCGGUCUCCAAGGGUUCGAUAGACAGCAAAUACGGGCUGCAGAAGCUGAAGCGCUACAACUAUCGUGGUGAGCGCUCCCGCUGCCGCGGUCAGGGUUCCCUCGCUAAACUGGAGGGCGACUCCGCUGAUUCCGAUCCCCAGCUGUCAAAAAUAGACGUCGGCCUGACUUUCCAAUUGGAAGUAGUUGUUAUGGAGGUCAAAGGCCUAAAGAGUCUAGCACCCAAUAAAAUAGUUUAUUGCACUAUGCAAGUGGAGGGUAGCGAGAAGUUACAGACUGAUCAAGCUGAAGCGUCCAAACCAAUGUGGGAUACUCAAGGCGAUUUUACCACGAUGCAUCCUCUCCCCGUAGUGAAAGUUAGACUUUACACCGAAAAUCCAGCUGUAUUGGCUUUAGAGGAUAAGGAAUUGGGAAAGGUUGUAUUAAGGCCAACUCCACUUUCGUGCAAGGUACCAGAAUGGCAUCGAAUGAGGGUACCAAAGAAUAAUCCCGAUCAAGAUCUCCGUAUGAAGAUAGCUUGUCGAAUGGAUAAGCCAUUGAACAUGAAACACUGUGGUUAUCUUUACGCUCAGGGCAAGUCUGUAUGGAAAAAAUGGAAGAAGCGAUAUUUUGUGUUGGUCCAAGUCUCGCAGUACACAUUUGCGAUGUGCUCGUAUAAAGAAAAGAAAAGCGAGCCGUCGGAAAUGAUGCAGCUCGAUGGCUAUACCGUGGACUAUAUCGAAGCUAUUUCCGCUAAUCUCAUGGUCGGCAUGGAUUUAGAAGGCGGAAGGUUCUUUUUCAACGCGGUACGUGAAGGUGACAAUAUAGUCUAUGCCUCGGAUGACGAAAACGAAUGCCAUUUAUGGGUAAUGGCUAUGUACAGAGCGACAGGACAGUCACAUAAGCCAACACCACCGGUAUCCGUGGCAGACAAGAAUUCAACGAUUAGCAAGAUUCAAGGAGAUGCUGACAGAGCUAAGAAACACGGAAUGGAAGACUACAUUAGUGCAGAUCCAUGUAAAUUCGAUCAUCAUGCACUUUUCAAAUUUCUACAGAAUUUAAUCCUGGACUACAGACUGAACGAUCCUUAUUGCUCCUUGGGUUGGUUCUCUCCUGGUCAAGUUUUUGUGCUCGAUGAGUAUUGCGCUAGAUAUGGUGUACGUGGUUGCUUCCGUCAUCUUUGCUACCUACACGAUCUUCUAGACAGAGUUGAUCGUGGACUUAUGAUAGAUCCAACGUUGCUACACUUCAGCUUUGCUUUUUGUGCUACUCACGUUUAUGGUAACACCACGGAUGGUGUUGGUUCGAUUACUCACGAGGAGAAAGAUAAAUUUCAGGAGGUCAAAGAGAGACUUAGGAAAAUCCUUGAAAAACAAAUUACAAAUUUCAGAUAUAGCUUUCCAUUUGGACGACCAGAAGGUGCUCUGAAGUCUACUCUAUCUCUUUUGGAACGUGUCUUAAUGAAGGAUAGCGUAACACCAGUUCCCCAAGAAGAAGUUAAGGGCUUGAUCAAAUCAUGUUUAGAAACGGCAGCUCUUGUUAAUUAUACAAAGCUAUCGGCGGAGGCUAAAAUCGAAGACGAUUUCAGUGGCGAGGUUUGCGUGCCUCCUAGCAAAAAGUUGGAGGAUUUGAUACAUCUUGCCGAAUUGUGCGUCGAUCUCCUCCAACAAAAUGAAGAGCAUUAUUCGGAGGUAACUGUACCGCAGGCGUUCGCCUGGUUUAGCGAUCUCAUGGUGGAGCACGCCGAGAUCUUUUGGUCGCUUUUUGCUGUCGACAUGGAUAAGGUCUUGGCUGAGCAACCACCUGAUACCUGGGACAGUUUCCCACUGUUCCAGAUUUUGAAUGAUUACCUUAGAACAGACGACAACUUGAAAAAUGGAAGGUUUCAUCAACAUUUGCGUGACACAUUUGCUCCUUUGGUUGUACGAUACGUUGAUUUAAUGGAAACAUCAAUCGCCCAAUCAAUUCACAAAGGAUUCGAAAAAGAACGUUGGGAGAUAAAAGGAAAUGGUUGUGCAACCUCCGAAGAUCUUUUCUGGAAACUCGAUGCUUUGCAAUCGUUUAUCGGUGGCUUACAUUGGCCAGAUCAAGAAUUUCGCCAACACUUAGAGCAACGAUUGAAACUUAUGGCCUGUGAUAUGAUAGAAUCGUGCAUACAGAGGACAGACACGGCUUUUCAGCAAUGGCUUAAAAAGGGUGUGACGUUUACAUCGACCGAUUAUAUAAUACCAUCGGAAAUGUGUGCUAUGGUGAAUGUUAUUUUGGAUGCAAAGAAUCAGAGUUUCAAACUUUGCACUGUCGAUGGUGUCGACGUGCAUCAAUAUCACUCAAAGAUCGAUGAUCUGUUAGAAAAAACUUCGGCCGCAAUGAAUCAGGGAAUGAUUAAUAAAUUAGUUACAGUUUUGGAAACAACAUUGUCCAAGUUAUCUCGUUACGAUGAAGGAUCUCUUAUCGGUUCUAUCCUUAGCUUUACGAAGGUGUCGGGAAGCGGUAAGGAAAUGGGUCAAGCUUACGUUAAUUUCACACGGAAUUGUAUGGAUCAGAUUCGUAGCAAAGUACUCGACGAAUUAUGGAUUUUGACUUUCUUCGAGCAAUGGUACACCGCACAAAUCCAAAUGCUGUGCACGUGGCUAUCCGAGAGACUCGAUCAUAGUUUACAUCUUUAUCAAUGUACCUGUCUCGCUCACAUCGUCAAGAAGAUCUACUCGGACUUUGAGCUUCAAGGUGUGAUGGAGGAAAAGCUCAACUCGAAGACAUAUCAGACUAUAUCCAAAAGGAUGCAGACGGAAGAAGCAACUUGUGCCUUAACCAUGAGCGCUCAGAACGAAGAAGGACUUUCCGAGAAUGGUAACGACGAAGACGUGGAAAGACCAAAGACAAAGGUGACGAUCGUGGAAACGAUGGGAGGAGAAGAUGCGAAUUACGUAGCGAAUAUUAGCAACGUAACUUCUAACGUUGUUGGCAAAGUUGGCAGUAUGUUUGGCAAGGGUAUCGGUGGUCUAUCUGGCAAAUUUGGUGGUGCCACCAGUUGGUUCUAGUUAUCAUUUUUAGUAUUCUGCCAGUAAACUUUAUAUUUGUCUAGAGGAAUGUUCCUUCGUUAUAAGUAAAUAAAAUUACACAGACGGACUGACGGACGGACGAACGGACGGACAAACAGAGAAAGAGAAAGAUAGAGAGAAAUAAAAAGAGAAAGAGAGAAAGA